AUGGAUCAAGAAAAUCGAGCGACUGGUUUGAUUUUUCGAGACGAAGAAAACUUUCCUACAUUAUCUGAGAGCACUUCAAAUAAUGUUGAUAACGAAGAAGAUAAUUUUUUAACACUUGUUGUAUUGCCGAAUUCACUAGAACUGACUCAAACAUCAACGACUGCAACACAAGCAUUAGUUGGUAAUAGAAAUUCGUCAAUCAAUAAUAAAUUGCCUUUAGUGAAAAGAAUAAUCUUGUUUAUCGCUUUAGCACUUGCAAUGUUCUUCGCUGCACUCGAUCAAACAAUCACGAUAAAAGCAAUUCCAAAGAUUCCCUCGGAUGUUGAUUCAAUCAGCCCCACUUUGUGGAUAGGAACAUCAUAUCUCUUUACUUUCAUCGCAACUCUCUCACUCUACGCAAAAUUUUCUGAAAUCUUCGGUCGUAAAUACACUUUUAUAUUUGUUAAUUCUAUUUUUACGAUCGGUUCAGUUCUUUCCGGUGCUUCACAGAAUCUGAUUAUGAUAAUAUUUGGUCGUUCUAUUUCGGGUAUUGGUGGCGGCGGCAUUGUUUGUUUUACGAUGAUGAGUGUUUUAGAUGUUGUUCCAGAAAGUUUCGGAAACAUUUAUCAUGUAAUUAUGAGUGGAAUUUUUGUUGUUGCAACAGUGUCGGGCCCCACGAUUAAAGGCAUCUUUAUUGUAUAUGCUUCUUGGAGAUGGGUAUUCUUUACAAACAUUCCUGUUUCUUUAUUCGCAACUAUUGUUGUUAUAAUUUUUACCGAAACAACAGCAAUUCGAGGAUCACGUCGAGAAAAACUUAUACGUAUUGAUUAUAUCGGAAUAUUAUUAUUUUCACUUUCUAUUCUUGCGAAUUUAUUAGCACUUGAUUGGGCAGGAGAUAACGAGGAAUGGAGUUCAACAUUCGUAAUAUUAUUCUUAGUAGCUGGUCUUCUAUUAUUCUUUUUAUUUAUUUUUGUUGAAUUCCGAAUAGCCAAAGAACCUCUCAUCCCUUUUAAACUCUUCAAAACCCGUAAUGUCUUAAUCAUUAAUAUUUGCAAUUUUAUAAUCGGAAUGGCAAUCUUUUCACUUAUUCACUAUAUACCAAUAUAUUUGCAAAUAAUGGACAACAUGAGCGUAUCAAAAUCUGGAAUACAAUUAUGGCCAUUAUUUAUUGGGCUAGUUCUCUUUUCGUUAGUCGGUGGUAUCGUGACGAUAUUAUCUUAUCAUUUUCGUCCCUUUAUCACUAUUGGAUUUGCAGCAAUUGCUCUUGCCAUCGACUUAAUAAGAAGGUUAAACGUUUCAUCGGAACAAAGAACAAAAUAUGGAGAAUUAUUGCUAGCUGGUGCUGGUAUUGGCGCAUCGAUGCAAACUGCCAUUCUUUUGGCACAACAAUCAGUCAAACACGAAAACAUUACAAGUGUUACUUGUCUUGUGAUCACUUUUCAAACAAUUGGCUCACUAUUUGGUAUCGCAAUUAGUGAGGCGAUUUAUAAUACUUCCUUGAAUGGACGUUUAAAGAAUUUGUUGGAAUCGACGGAUGUUACAAUCGAAGCAAUAGAAAAGUCAUUUGACGUUAUUAGAACAUUGAACGCGAACCUUAAAAUAGAAGUUAUGGACAUUUAUAUCAAUGCUGUACAUAAAGUUUUUUGCUUUGCAAUAGUUUGUGCGGCUGUUGCCACUGUCAUUAGUUUGGCGUUAAAGCGAGUUUCUUUAUCACGUGAUGACAAUUCAGAAGUCAUAUUACGUACGCAAGGAAUGCGCCAAUUGUAA